AUGGCCCUCAACGUCAUUGCGCUCAUCUCGGGCGGCAAAGACAGCUUUUUCAGCCUGCUGCACUGCAUGGCCCACGGCCACCGCGUCGUGGCCCUGGCGAAUCUGCACCCGCCGCACACGGAGGACAAUGACGGCGGUAGCAGCAGAAAUGGAAAUGCAAACGGCGACGCCGACGCCGACGAAGCAGAUCUCAACAGCUUCAUGUACCAGACCGUCGGCCACCCGGUUCUGCCGCUGUACGCCGCCGCCACCGGCCUACCGCUCUACCGUCAGCCCAUCCUCGGCCGUGCCGUCCAGUCGGGGUGCGAGUACCAACCCAACGACGGCGAAGACGAAGACGAAACAGAGUCCAUGACGCGGCUGCUCCGCCGGGUGCUCGCCGACCUCCCCGAGGCCAAUGCCGUCUGCGCGGGCGCCCUGCUGAGCACCUACCAGCGCACACGCGUCGAGUCGGUCGCCGUGCGCCUGGGACUUGCGUCGCUUGCCUAUCUGUGGCAGUAUCCCCUCCUGCCGGCCGUUUCGUCCUCGUCGGCCGCCACGACCGACUACCUCGACGACCUGGCUGUCGCCGGGUUCGAUGCCCGCAUUGUCAAGGUCGCCAGCGGCGGCCUCGACGACUCGUUGCUGUGGACCAACGUGGCCAGCGCGGCCGGUCGGGCGCGCCUGCAGCGGGCCUUGCGGCGCCUGGGCCUGGCCGACGACGGACCCGGCAGCAUGCUGGGCGAGGGCGGCGAGUACGAGACGCUCGUCGUGGACGGACCGCGGGCGCUGUUCCGACAGGGGUCGCUUUCUGUGGCGGACGCCGACCGGCGCGUGGUCCACGAAGGCGGCGGGACGUCCUGGCUGCAGAUCCGGGCGGCGACGGUGGAGCCGAGAGAGGCGCCGACAGGACUGACAAACGUGCCAGAGGCCAGCCUGGUCAGCGUGCGGCAGCCGGGGUUGCUGGACGCACGGUUUGCCGCUGUUCUGGCACGGCUGGGGACAGGGACAGGGACAGAGUCAGAAACAGGGACUGAGACCGCCUCCGAUGCUGCGCAAACAAUGGCUGCAGCCCUCUCCCUGGCCGACGAGGCGCCGUUCGCUCUCUCUCCAAGCACAGUGACCUCUGCCGUCACGACCUUGGCUGUUGUCCCUGACCUCGCCUCCAUGCCUCCCUCGCCCUCGAUGGCCGACGCCACGCGGUCCAUUGUCGCUCAGGUCCGCCAGCAUCUCCGCCACCGCCCAAGCCACCUGUCGCCCACCCACAGCGUCAUCCGCACACUGGUUGUCCUCCGGCGCAUGGCCGACUUUCCAGCCUUCAACGCCGUCUAUGGCACCCUGUUCACCGGCGCGCCCAACCCGCCGUCCCGCGUCACCAUUGCCUGCGGCGAGGCGCUGCCCGCGGACGUCGACGUCGCCGUCUUUUUGUCCGUCUUGGACGACGCGGCCAAGAUUGACGCCGCCCGCCGCCAGGGCCUCCACGUGCAGUCGCGCUCGUACUGGGCGCCGGCCAACAUUGGCCCCUACAGCCAGGCCGUGUCGGUGCUGGCCCACGCCGACGCCGACGCCGACGCCGACGACGGCAACGACGCCAGCGGCCCGCGCGUGGUCUCCAUCGCGGGCCAGAUCCCGCUGGUGCCGGCCACCAUGGACCUGCCCGACCAGGCCGUGGAGGCGGCACACGCAGGGCUUGCUCGCAUGCCAAACGCGCCUUGUCCCUCGCCGGCCUCGUUCGCCUUCCAGGCCACGCUUGCGCUGCAGCAUCUGUGGCGCAUCGGCAUCGACCAGGACGUGCAGUGGUGGGGGAGCACCGUGGCCUAUGUGCCGCGGCAGACAGACGGGCGUGCGGAGCCUUCGUUGUCGAGCAAAGCUCGGCUGGUGGCCCGCGCAUGGCAGACAGCACAUGAAUGGCGGCCAAAAGCCGAGGACAGUACAGACGACGAGGAGGACGACGUCGAUGGCCCCGACCUGUGGGACCGCGCGUUUGACGCCCGGUAUGCCAGGUAUGGCGCGGGUGGCGGCGGCAGCAGCGACGAGAACACACCACAGCUGCCAGACUGGCGCGUGCUCGACGGCAGUGCUCUGCAACCUGCACGUGCUGUGCCGCCCGUCUUCUUGGCCGAGGUGCACGAGCUGCCGCGGGCGGCGCCGGUCGAGUGGCACGCACAGGCCGGGUUUGGUCGCCUUCACGCCGGUGGCAGCAACAGCAGCGUCCAGCUCCGGACGUGGGUGGGAACGGACGGUGCGGCCAACAAGACAUGGUCGCACCAGACGAUACUCAAGACGCUACGGCCGCGGAUUGGCGACACCGACGAGGACAGUGGCAGCGAGGACGACAACAAGGUUUGCCGCCCGGCGGCAGCACCACGAAGCAGCAGCCGCGUUGUCGUGCAGAAGACAACAGCAUGGGCCUGUCCAGCAGACAAACCAUCAGCAAAAGUGGUCCUGCCAGACGCCGUUCUGGCCGACAACGUCGACGUGGUCUAUGCCGACAGGAACCUCUGCCAGAUCUCCAAGGCGCACACGUCCACAUCGCCCAUCGUGCCGUGUGCCUCGCUAUGGAACGCCCGCGGCGAACGUCUAGCCGCUGUCGUCGUGCAGACGGUCUACGGAGAGGCGUAA